AUGUCAAUAAGAGGUUUAGAUGAUAUGAAGAUGUACCCGAAGCAGAAUUUUCUAAUGAAGAUUCCGCACAAGGCAUUUGAAAAAAUGAGGAUAUGCAUGGAUGGGAACUGGUUUCUUCGUAAAUACACGGGCACAAUGAAGAUCCAUGAAGGCUUUGUAAUGGGGAUGGAUGAAAUUGUCCUUGAGUGUUUAGCACCACUUUUUGAGUUUAAGAAGGAGUAUGACAUAGACAUCAUAUGGGUUUGGGAUGGAAUUCGACUUCAAAAGCCUCAGAUAGUGGAGCAGAGUGGAUCAGACACACAGAUGCAGCAUGCAUUUGAUCUAUACAGGCAAGGUGAAUACAAGAGAGCAGGAAGAGCAUGGGGAGGACUUGCAGAGAUGGGAUAUAAUACUGAUAUGAUAAACAAGGUGCUUGGCGAGAAUGGUGUAUUUCCAGUCACAGCGCCGUAUUCAGCAACUGCACAAUGUGCAUAUUUCAUAAGCAUUGGUGCCUGCUCUUAUGCAUUUGGAAAGUCUGAUAUUCUUCUUUUUGAGGAAGUGGAGAAGGUUAUACUGGACAUGUUUGGGACAUCCACAACUGAAGGAUGCUUCAACGUACUUUACAAGAGCAAGUUUGUUGAGUUUUUCGGACUUGGGCUAAAGCAGUUUUUGAUUACUGGGUUGCUUCUUGGAUGUGACUUCUGUUCAACGCUUCCGAGCUAUGCAGAAGAUUUUUCUGUUGCAAAAGUCGUUGACGCAGUUAAGGAGUCUGAUGAUCCGAUGCAAAUGAUCAGGAAGUUAUGUGAAGAUAGUGUAUGUAAGAAGUAUACAGAGCACUUUUUGCAAGGAGUAGCGACUGUAACUUAUCAUCCUGUUAUGAAGAUUACAGGAGAGGUACAACCUUAUAAUCAAGAUAAUGUGCCUAAAGGGCUAGAGAAAAUAUUUGGAACAAGGCUCGCGCCAAGAGUAUAUGAAGCAAUGUUUAUGAACGAGGUUUCUGGCGAUGCACCGCAGAUUCUUGGGAUGAAGAAUGAAGAUGCAGAUUUGAUAAGCAUGACGGAGGAAAUUAUGGCAAGAAUGGAAUCUAUGAAGCAGUCCAAAGGAUUUGCGGAUAUUAUUUGUCCAAAGAUGGUUAUUUGCAAUGGCCUAAGUGAGUAUUCUGCACUAUUACUGCUGGAGAUGAUAAUACUUGGGAGAAUGAGAUCACCUUAUGUCCCAAAAAUACUCUGCUUGUAUGAUGGACAAAUGUACGGUGGAGGUUGCAGUAGUCAGAAGAUGGAAAUAAGCAGAUCCGAGUUACUUAGUUGCCUAAGGAUCGACUAUGAAAUGUUGAAGUACUACGCAGAGCUACUGAAGGUAUUUUCGUUACUUAAGAGUAUGAAGGAGAUGGGCGAGAAGAUGUAUGGAAUGAAAGCUCAAAAGCAGAGCUUGAAAAAACCGAUUCUUUUGAAUGCGCUUUUCCACGGCUCUUUUGAAUUUAAUGGAGAAAUGGGAAAGAGCAAUUUUGAGUUUUUGAGGAGGGUAAAAGUGUUUUUAGAGGCAAACAGAGGGGUUGAUGAGAAGGUAUCUGAAGCUUUAGUAGAGGUUGAGGAAGUUCUUAAGCAAUAA